CUCUCUCUCUCUCUCUCCAGUGUACACGCCCUCUGACUGUCAGAGAGGGAGGAAAAAAAGUUCAGAGAGAGAGAGAGAGAGAGAGAGGAGGAAAAAACCCAUUCGCGGAAGAGAUUAUCUCCAGUCCUUCUAGUUUGACAAGUUUUUUUUCCAGCUUGCUAAAGAAAAGGCUGGAAGUGAAGACGCGGCGUUAAACCCGGUUCAGUCAGAGUCCUGAGUGCUGGAGUGGUGGAGACGGAAAGAGCAAACAUGGAAGGAGCUAUCAAGACAGUGGUGUCAGUUUUCCUGAAGUCAGCAAAAGGCAAGGAGAACCUUGGAGAAAAGGACUUCCAAAAUCUAGUGAAGAACCAGCUGAAGAACAUACUGACGGACACAGACAGCUCUAAGGCUAUCAAGGAUAUGCGUCAAGGGCUUGAUGAAAACCAAGAUGGAAAAGUCAGCUUCCAGGAGUACAUGCACCUAGUGGGAUACCUGGCCCAGGCAGUCAGUCAGCAGCGCUCCUCCAACGAGACCCAGGUGGCAAAUUCAGGCCCAGAAACGCAGUCGGAGGUCCCUGAAGCCUUGAAGGCUGAGCCUGAGCCCGAGAAAGAAGAAAAGCCUACGAAAGAGGAAGAGUCAGCCAAGGAGCAGGAUGAAGUGGUGGAAGUGGUGGAAGUGGUGGAGGAAGAGGAAAAUGUGGAGGAGGUGGUAGAAGUAGUAGAGCGCACGUAGGCACUUGAGACAGUUGAUGAAAACAUCUCAAGCCCUGAUAUUAUAUCAUUGAUUCAUUUCUGUGUUUUUUUUUUUUUUUUUACUAUUUCACAGCUAACCAAAUUUGACAAACACUACAAUUUGUACCACUAGAUGAAGCAUAAACCACUCAAGAUUAUCUGGACGUCCUUUUGUUUAUUGUCUCAAGCAGUGCUUUUCAAACCAGUCCUCCGACCCUCUCCAGCUCUCCAGAUCAAUAACCUUUUGCUCUACACUAACUCACACAACACAGUGAAAAAGAAAACUGGGGAGUGUCUGGAGGGGCCGUGUGGACGGAUUUGAGAACCACUGGUCUAAAUAAACACAACUAAAAUGUAUAUGUAUAUGUAUUGUAUGUUAUCAUUUUAAAGUGUAGUAUUUGUAUUUGUAUUUACAUUAACACUACAUUACAACACAGAUCUUUAAAUGUGUUAUAAAGUACCUCUAGCAAUAUGAUUAGAAGUGAUGCUGUCAUUGGCGUGUUCAAUUAAACGACCCUGGUGUCUUUUGGAAAAACAACGGUACGCCCAUACUGUACGUGAAACACUCACACACCCCUGUUUAGGUUUCUAUACUGUAUAUGUUCAGUUAGAUAUGCCUUGUACACUGUGUCUUGCUUUAGCAUGUAUGCUAACACAGUUUAACAAUUUCGUAGCUAAUAUCGCGCUAACUGUCAUGGCACUGCCAAACUUGAAUGAAGAUUCAUUUGCAUGACAAUAAACAAACAGUUUUCUUUGACCAUU